GAAUUCUGCAUCUGCUUGCAGACAUCAAAGUUGUCAUUUAAAAGUCAAAACAAACACCGGCAUUGCGUUUAUUGGCCGAAACUGUGGGUGGAGUCAACAAAAUUUAAUAAGAGUUGAAUGAAACGCCGGUUAAGGAUCAAAGUGUGUAUUAUAAACGAUUGCAAAGAGCGGAAAUCACUUGAAAAAUCAUUAAAUAAGUAACAAUAUGGAUUCGGAACUGUAUGACGAGUUUGGGAACUAUAUUGGUCCCGAACUAGACAGUGACGAUGAGGAUGACCAGAGCAUCUACGGUCAAAUGGAUCAAACCGAUGAUCACGAUGAGGAAGCCAAUGAGGAAGAAGAAGUUGAACAUGAUGAAGACAAGGACACACAAGCGGUUGUUUUGCAUGAAGACAAGCGAUACUAUCCAACGGCCAUGGAAGUCUAUGGCCCUGACGUCGAAACAAUUGUGCAGGAGGAGGACGCCCAACCACUUGAUAAGCCUUUGAUUGAACCAGUGAAAAAGCUAAAGUUUCAAUUAAAGGAGCAGGAUCUUCCCGAAACGAGUUAUGAGAUGGAAUUUUUAGCUGACUUGAUGGACACGCCACCGUUAAUUCGAAACGUGGCACUAGUCGGUCAUCUUCAUCAUGGUAAAACCACCUUUGUUGAUUGCUUGAUACGCCAGACGCAUCCUCAGUUUGAUAUGACUGAAGAGCGCCCACUUCGCUACACGGACACGUUAUUCACCGAACAGGAAAGAGGCUGCAGCAUCAAGUCAACGCCCAUUACACUUGUGUUACCUGACAUAAAGCAGAAAAGUUAUUUGAUGAAUAUUUUCGAUACGCCAGGACAUGUAAAUUUCUCAGACGAAGUAACUGCUGCAAUGAGAAUUACGGAUGGAAUUGUACUUUUCAUUGAUGCCGCGGAAGGGGUGAUGCUGAAUACGGAACGAAUUUUGAAGCAUGCCGUUCAUGAGAAGAUGUCUAUUACCAUUUGUAUUAAUAAGAUCGAUCGUUUGAUGUUAGAACUGAAGCUUCCCCCUCAAGACGCCUACUUUAAAUUGAAGCACAUCGUGGAUGAAAUUAAUAGUCUUUUGAGUAUAUACACGGAAAACGAAAACAAAAUCUUAGUGUCUCCUAUCCUUGGAAAUGUCUGUUUUGCCAGUUCACUCUAUGGUUUCUGCUUCACUUUGAAAUCUUAUGCAAAAUUAUAUGCUGACACUUAUGAAGGCGUAAACUACCUUGAAUUCGCUAAACGACUUUGGGGUGAUAUGUAUUUUCAUAGUAAAUCUCGGAAAUUCACAAAGAAACCACCUCAUAACUCGGCCCAAAGAAGUUUUGUUGAGUUUAUAUUGGAGCCACUUUAUAAACUUUUUGCACAAGUCGUUGGUGACGUCGAUACAACGCUUACAGAUACGCUGAAUGAGCUAAAUAUUCGAAUCACAAAAGAAGAAAUUAAGAGUAAUAUAAGGCCGUUGUUACGAUUAGUCUGUAACCGUUUCAUGGGAGACUUUAGUGGUUUCGUUGAUAUGUGCGUUACUCAUAUCAAGUCUCCUUUGGACAAUGCGAAAAAUAAAGUGGAUCACAUUUAUACUGGGCCGAAGGAAGGUUUACUUUAUUCGGAUAUGACUACUUGUAAUCAGAACGGAAACUUAAUGGUGCACAGCUCGAAGAUGUACCCAACGGAUGAUUGCACAUUUUUUCAAGUGCUAGCAAGAGUUAUCAGUGGGAUACUUCAUGCUGGCCAGGAAGUUCGCGUACUUGGUGAGAAUUACUCUCUUCAAGACGAGGAGGACUCACGAAUCCUACAAGUUGGCCGGCUGUGGGUGUAUGAGGCUCGCUAUAAAGUCGAGCUGAACCGCGUUCCAGCUGGGAACUGGGUGUUAAUUGAAGGUAUUGACCAGUGCAUUGUGAAAACUUCAACGAUUGUCGACGUUGACGUAUCCGAGGAUCUCUAUAUCUUCCGGCCAUUGAAAUUCAACACACAAAGCAUAAUAAAAAUUGCUGUGGAACCGGUGAAUCCUUCCGAAUUGCCAAAAAUGUUGGACGGGCUACGUAAAGUCAACAAAUCAUAUCCUCUGCUUUCAACUCGCGUUGAAGAAUCUGGCGAGCAUGUCAUUCUUGGUACAGGCGAAUUGUAUUUAGAUUGUGUCAUGCACGAUCUACGCAAAAUGUAUUCUGAAAUCGAUAUAAAAGUGGCAGAUCCUGUAGUGGCGUUCUGUGAAACAGUUGUCGAGACCAGUUCGCUGAAAUGUUUCGCCGAAACACCCAAUAAGAAAAACAAAAUCACUAUGAUCGCGGAACCUUUGGAGAAGGGUUUAGCUGAGGACAUAGAAAAUGAGGUGGUCCAAAUCGGCUGGAACAAAAAACGAUUGGGAGAAUUCUUCCAAAUCAAUUACGAUUGGGAUUUGUUGGCAGCUCGAUCUAUCUGGGCGUUCGGUCCGGACAAUACUGGUCCAAAUAUAUUAGUCGAUGACACAUUGCCAUCUGAAGUGGACAAGGGCUUAUUAAACUCAGUGAAGGAUUCAAUCGUUCAAGGUUUCCAAUGGGGAACACGUGAAGGCCCUCUGUGUGAAGAACCGAUUCGGAAUGUGAAGUUCAAAAUUCUAGAUGCUGUAAUAGCACAAGAGGCGUUACACAGAGGUGGUGGACAAGUUAUUCCCACAGCACGAAGAGUAGCUUACUCAGCAUUUUUAAUGGCCACACCACGUUUGAUGGAGCCCUAUCUUUUCGUUGAGGUUCAAGCACCAGCAGAUUGCGUUUCUGCUGUUUAUACAGUUUUGGCAAGAAGAAGAGGUCAUGUUACGCAAGAUGCGCCUGUGUCCGGAUCACCGCUUUACACGAUUAAAGCUUUCAUUCCAGCAAUCGAUUCAUUUGGUUUCGAGACUGAUCUCAGGACACACACUCAAGGUCAAGCUUUCUGUUUGUCGGUAUUUCAUCAUUGGCAAAUUGUACCCGGUGAUCCGUUGGAUAAAUCGAUCAUCAUUCGACCAUUGGAGCCACAACCUGCAACUCAUUUGGCACGUGAGUUUAUGAUAAAGACACGGAGAAGGAAAGGCUUAUCGGAAGAUGUCUCUAUCAAUAAGUUCUUCGACGAUCCUAUGUUGUUGGAGUUGGCUAGACAGGAUGUGCUUUUGAAUUAUGGAAUAUAAUAGGAUUAGAUUGGUUUUGAAGAAUAAAAGUAUGUAAGUGCA